AUGCAGCAAGCCCCCUUCGCCAGGGCACUAUAUCCACCACAACAUAUCGUCGUUCCCGGAUCGAUGUCGCCAUAUUUUGGAGGGCGCAUCACCUUGACAAUCACAGCUCCCACGCAUGAUGGUGACCUCCUCUCCCUCGAGAUCCCUCCCGAUACCACCGUCAGUACGUUGAAGGAGUCCGUCCAAGCCGAGUCGCAGAUCCCCAAGACGUCCCAACACCUCUAUCACAAUGGCCAGCUUCUCGCAGAUGAUUCCAAGACUAUGGAACAGCUCUCGAUCGGAGACGGCGAGAUGCUAGCGCUACAUGUCCGAGAUACGGUGGGAAGCACAGGUGUACCAGCAGGCCGCCGACCACCGCAGCCAGCACGCCAACAACAACACCAACAGAGAGGAGGACGUCCGGGCCAGCUAGAUCCAGAGACGAUGCGGCUUCAGCUUCUCGGAAACCCGGUCAUGAGGCAAGAAGUUGAAAACCACAGACCUGAGCUGGGCGCAGCUAUCGAUGAUCCCCAGCGAUUCGCGCAGGUCUGGCAGCGCAUGGCGGAUGAGGAUACAGCGGCGCAAAAUCAGCGGAAUCAGCAUAUUGCCGAUCUAAACGCGGAUCCGUUUGAUAUCGAUGCUCAGAUGAAGAUUGCAGAGAUGAUUAGAGAGGAGCGAGUGCAGGAGAAUCUACAGAACGCCAUUGAGCAUAAUCCUGAGGUGUUCGGUCGUGUUCACAUGCUCUAUAUCGAUGUCGAAGUGAACGGUCACAAAGUAAAGGCUUUCGUCGAUUCCGGCGCCCAAGCUACCAUCAUGUCCCCUUCAUGCGCUGAAAUGUGUGGUAUUAUGAGACUGGUAGACAAGCGCUUCGCAGGUGUCGCACGGGGAGUUGGUACAGCAGCAAUUCUAGGACGAGUCCACUCAGCACAGAUCCGCAUCGGCAGCUUGUUCUUACCUUGCAGUUUCACAGUCAUGGAAGGCAAAGACGUUGAUUUGCUGCUCGGACUGGAUAUGUUAAAGCGCCAUCAAGCUUGCAUAGACCUGUCCAGGGAUAAAUUGGUUAUCCAGGGCGUCGAAGUCUCAUUUCUGGGAGAGGCGGAUAUCCCGAAGAGCAUGGAGGAGGAACGAGCUGAUGAACCGAAGGUUGCUGGGCCGGGUGGAACCACGAUUGGAGGACGGACAGGCGUCGUCUCCGGACCUGCGACUCCCCAACCUGGUCCUUCAGCUGCUCCCCCACCGUCCGCGCCAACGCCACAACUUGCCGCGCCCACGUUUCCGCAACAGUCGAUCGACCAGCUGACCGCGCUGGGAUUCUCGUCGGCCCAAGCACAGAACGCUCUGGCUGCUUGCAACGGUGACGUGGAAUACGCUGCGGGACUUCUAUUUCAAGGUUGA